GGGAGCUUGGCUUCCGAGGGCAAAGUCCGGCGAGCUGGUAAACCGGCUUCCGGAGUCUGCUGUUGUCUCCCGGGCUUAGCGGCGUGGGGUCGGCGGUAGGGAUGAGGCAGAAGCACUACCUUGAGGCUGCGGCGCGGCAACUACACGAGAGCUGUCCGGCCCAGGCUCGCUAUCUCCUCUGGGCCUACAGUUCGUCACACGAUGCUAACAGCACUUUUGAAGGAACAUGUCCAUACUGUUUCCAGUUGCUGGUCUUGGAUAAUUCUCGAGUGCGCCUCAAACCCAAACCCAAACUGACCCCCAAAAUACAGAAACUUCUUAACCGAGAGGCAAGAAAUUGUACACUUAGUUUUAAAGAAGCAAAAAUUGUGAAAAAAUACAAAGACUCCAAAAGCGUAUUGUUGAUUACUUGUAAAACAUGCAACAGAACAGUUACACAUCAUGGUAAAAGCAGAAGCUUUCUGUCCGCACUGAAGAGCAGUCCUACCACUCCUACGACUACCCUGAAGACACCAGAGAGAAGGACUCCAACUUCUACAAACCUGAGUCAUAUGUGUGGCUCCAAAGGCAAGAGCCCAGCCUUUGUAUUCAGGACACCGACAUCUGGACAGUCAACACCCACUUGCUCCUCAAAGAGCGUGAGCAAAACUAAGAAACACUUCUCUCAAUUAAAAAUGUUGCUUAGUCAGAGUGAAUCCCAAAAUAAUUCAAAGGUGGACUUCAGAAGUUUCUUACUGUCUUUGUAAAGGAUAGGCUGUGAAAAAUAAAUGUUUGAUGCAACUCUGAAACUAAAGUUAGUCAGAAAAACAUCUCUUUUUAAAACUUUAAUUAUUGAAAUACAUGGAAACUAGGGUCCAAGAGCAAACUUCUCUGGGAUUUUUCAGUACUGAUGGAGAAAAUACUUCAUUAAAAUGAAUAACUGAAACCUGUCUACCUUACAGGGUGGUUGUGAGGAUCAAAAAUAAAUUAAAGGUCCUUGUAAAUAGCAAAGAUAUUA